GGAUUAUUAUUUCGAAUCUAUUUACACUAUGAUAAAACAUAAUAUACGUUUACGAGUUUAUUUUCAAAUCGAAGCUUGAAAGAUAUAGAUAACUAAUACAAAACUGGUACAUCGUAAUCUAGGUAAUUCACAGGAUACUAUCUCAUCGUCACCAUGUCAACAAAUCCACCGCAGGUGGUCGUAAAAAAAUCCGGAGAACCCGCAGAGCCGGCAACGCCGCGCUUCCCACCGGUCGCGCACUUUUACUGCGCACCACACACCACGAUCGGGGCACGCGGUGCGUUCAAUUUCUCCCGUCCCUUUCCCCCCACUCCCAAAAAUCAUCGUUCGUCCGAAACAACGAAUCGUCGCUUGUUUCUCGCAACAAACAAAGGCCCAUAAAAUUAAUUCGCCCAUUGCCCAUUAUCGCCCUGGGUGCGUUAGAUGCACGCAGCAGUCUCUCGUAUUCCGGGGUGUCGCGAACCUUGUUUUUUGUUUUCCUCCCGGAGCCCAGUACUAGCGUAACCCUGAGAAAAUCAACGCGUCUGGUGACUAGUACGCGCACCCAAUUGGUCGAUAAAGCAGCGAGCGCACGUGAUCUCGGUUGGCUUAGAAAGUGUUGCGACUUUAGCUGCUGAGGAGGCACACACUACGCGACCGUACCUCCAAAGAGAAAAAUAAUCACGGUGGUUCUACACGCGAAACUACCGGGAAUUUCAUCGCGUACAAGUCGAAAAAAAAAUAGUGUCCAGUGGGCAGUGCCCAGUGCGAGCUAAACGUCAAAUUGGUCAAGUUCAAGGGCUUCUACGAUUGAAAAAGUCGUAGCGUAUCGAGCAAAGCCCCCCCCAUCCGCAACCCACCCCCCCUCACCCCAAAAACGAUGAGUUCUCUGAGCACGCUCCUCGAAGCAGCCAAAUUCUUGGAACUCCAGGAGCAGCACCACCAGCAAAGCCGCGAAACCGUCGCAGAAACGCUGGUCACCAUGAAACCCGCCCCGCCCGCCCAUACACGGUCGCCCCCCGCCCACACUAGGUCACCGCCCACGCCCAGUGACCAACUCCACCCCAAGACAGAUGCCGCUUCGCCGCAGACCGUCGUCAUCUCUUCCAGCAAUAGUAUCGGUCAUCAGGCCAUCAUCCAGGGGCCUAUCGCUUUCACUUCUACGUCCCCAGCUCAGUUCGCGAAGAAAAUCGAACAAGACAUGCAAGUCUCCAGUACUACGACCGUCUCCCAACAGUUACCCCGACGCAUCCUCCACAACAGCUUUGACAUCCGCAACCCCCUAGUGGUCGACGAGUCAGCCGGCUGCGACAGCAACAAACGGAAACAACCCCCGAUGGUGUUCAGGGCUGGCACCAGAGAGGUGCACAACAAGCUCGAGAAGCACCGCAGGGCGCACCUCAAGGAGUGCUUCGAUGUGCUCAAGAAACAGCUGCCCGCGUCUCAGGACGAGAAGAAGACUUCCAACUUGAGUAUUCUUCAUUCAGCUCUACGGUACAUCCAGACAUUGAAAAGGAAAGAACGCGAACUGGAACACGAAAUGGAACGCCUGGCCCGCGAGAAAAUCACCUCCCAACAGCGCCUGGCCGUCCUCAAAAAGGAGAUCUCCUCCCGUUACGACAACGUCGACUUUUCGAAACUGCUGCCCGAAAUGGCGUCCCCCAGUCCCAGCUCGAGCCUUUCUCAUCACGAGAGUGCCUCGGCUGGCGAGUUCAACGAGGGCGUAUGCGUGGGCGUGGGUGUGGGCGUGGACAUGGGCGUGGGCGUGCCCAGUGGGCCCGUCAUCGACAAGGUGGCCAUUCCGAUACUGGCCAAAGCGGGCAUGCCGAUGGUCAAGCACCAUCUCACCACCUUGAAGGAGGUCAGUACCGCAACAAGUCCAAACCACCUCCCUCUCGGUCCUCCCGAUGUCGUACCCCGUCAACCAAGGCCUCGUCCUCCAAAAGGUCCUCGUGCCCAAAGGCCUCGACGGCCUCGCGCCCCUCGUCUCCACGCACUUCAUCGCCGCCCCCCAUCACCCCCACCAACAGAUCAACGGCAAGGUGGUACCCCUCGCGCAGUACCUCGUCAAGCCGGUGGUGGUGGUCAGUACCGCUUCGCCGAGGCCGAGCUAGUGGUGAAAUGCUGGGGGAAUUACAGGGGGAAGGGGGUAAAGGUGAGAAGAAGAAGAGGGUACUUGCGAAAGGUUCAGAAUGAUGAAUUCGCGGUCGCCAAGGUCAUUUGAUGACGUAGCAAUUACAUUAAAAACUACGGGAAACCAUGUCUAACUUUCAAUCUAUGCCGAGUUAGAAUGUUUUCCGGUAGUUUAAAAUGUCAUCGCAACGGCAUCUUAUGAUUAUGGCGACCGCGAAUAGAGCAGUACAGCAAUCGUUGAGAGAGAGAAAAAAUGUCUUCCCUAAGCUAUGGUCGUUUAUUGUGUUGCUAAAGUUGAUUUUGUUCCCAUAGUUGCCUCUAUUCAUGGCAUAAUGUAAACUAGAGUCACUGGAUGGUAUUAGUUUGAUAAGAGUUCGGACACAGCUGAACUUUUGUCCUUUUCUAUUUUCUAUAAUAUAAUGGUUUGAGUGAAUAAAAGAAUAGGACAUAUAUUUUGCUCUUUGUCUCUUCAAUUUCCCUAGUAGCGCCUGAUUGUCAGAUACGAUUUUAGAGGUUAUAUUUUCUGUCAAAUCAAUCAUAGCCGUAGAUGGACAAUGAAUAGGGUACAAACACCCACUUUCUAGCAGAACAACUGUUAUAUAAAUGGAAAGAAUGCAUGUAACAACAUUUUAAUACCUACUAGAAAAUAUACACAUAUGGAUAAACGUAUAGCUAUAAUUCCUUAUUGUAUGUGAAACUGUACUCCAGUGAUAAGUAUUAAACAUUAAUAUUAAAUUAAAGGUAGGUAUUUUCAAUAUACAGAAAGUAACAUGAGUAUACGUUGAAGUGAAGUAUUCCUGAGACAAUUUUAAGAAAUUUUGACGAGACCUAGCACAUACUUUGUUUUGUGAAGUUCUCAGCAACUUCACUUAGCGUCCUAUAGGAGCUAAGUAAACAUGGAUCGAUAUAGAAAAUAUCUCCAAAACGAUAACUUCCUGCGCUAUUAAGGCCCUUAUAAUAAUUUCCACGAUACAUAAAUAACUAUUCACUUUUCACUAUUAAAUUUUGGAUUUGGUCGGUACCAAAAACGCCAUUCAAUAAUAUAUUACGUUGUACUUUACUCGCUUUUCUUUGUUUCGUUUUCAAGUUUUCAAUUUCAUUAUGUAAUUUUGCGAUCAAUUCCUAUUUUUCCAUAAUUAUUUUGUUUUGUAUUUUGUGUGAUGAUAAUAAUGGAAUUUUGUUCUUGAAAUCGUCUGCUUUGUAAAUUGAAGGAACAGCAGAUUCUCUCAAACAGAUUUUGAAAAUGGGCAUAAAAUAUAGUUUCAUUCUAAUCAGAUGCUGUUAUAAUAAGUGAAUUUUAAUGAGUACCUCACACAUUUUGCUCGUCUUUAAAGAGAAUAGACCCCCAGGCCGUUUCAUAUCUUCCUUCCAUAACUGUUUUUCUGACGUUUAUAAAAUUUAUUGUCAAAUUCAAACAAUUUUUAAUGAAAAAGCGCGGGACGACUAUGGUGCUCUUGUCACAAUGCAAGGUGUGUAACUUAAUAAAUCGAAACAUUCAAAAACCCUAACCGUUGUCAUUUCUGUGUCCGAACUCUUAUCAAACUAAUACUAAUACCAUCCAGUGACUCUAAUGUAAAAAUGAGAAAGUCAUAGAGAAAAAUCAAGUUUAGCAGGUAGAGCAAACUCAAACGAACAAGCCUCUAUAGAGUAAAGAGUGACUGGAUUAAAUAGAGUGGCAACAAUAUACCUCCAAAUGGCUGCCGUUUCCGGAAUGGAAUUCGUGAUCAAGUCACUGAAAAGCUUAAAAAACCGAAGGGUAUCUCCACUGUAGUUAUGUAUUUGCGCCUUCGAAGUGCCCACCUGAUUUUAGGUUUAGAUAUUUGAUGUUCUCAUUUGAUCAUCUGAAGAAUCUGAGCCUUACCAAUCCCAAAAGAUGGCUUCUUAUAGUUAAUAUGCAAGGUAUAGAGUUUCAUGUCUGAUUGUGGGCUGGCUGAUUUGUGUCCGAAGAGAAAAAAAUCAUAAAAAAGUAUUCACAAACUGAAAUAGAAUGCGUAGAACUGAAUGUAGAAAAAAUAUAUUAUAAAGAUAUAUUGAAGGUCUGACCAAUCAAAAAGUAUAACACUAUUGUCGCCACUCUAUGUAUAAAGUCACUCUAGUCUCUCCCAUCGGUCGUUGUCUUCAGUGUUCCAACGUAAAAUGAUGGAAAUGUUUUGUUGGUAACAUUGGAAAUGGGAAAAAAUGGAGAAUAAGAUCAUAUUAACCUCAAUAUAAAUUAGGUUAGAAUGGUCUACUCCAUUUCUUCUCAUUUCCAGUGUUGCCCUCAUAAAAUUUUCAUUAUUUGAUGUUGGAGCACUGAAGACAAGGUCAGAUGGGAAAGACAUUUUUGUUCUCUAUCAACGCUGACUGAACUGCUUCAUUUCUAGAUGUUUUAUGAGUGAAUUUGUUUGUUUUCUGCGAUUCCUGUUGGAGGUAGAAUUUUGGUACUUGGUGAGCCGGCUGCAAACGAUAUAAUAACGGAAUGAAAUUUUUUUCUUUUAUUUUGACCCCUACCUGCAGCUCUAACUAUACUUACAAGGUGAAAAAAUUUGAAAUAAUGAACAGGUACGAAUCACAAAAUGGAAAAAAAGCUCAAAUCAUUUUUUUUUUCAAUGAGACACACUGUAUAUUUUCAACUCUAGUGGAAGAUAUUACCCUAUUGUUCACAAAUGUGAUUUGAUAAACUAAGAACCUUGAUUAUUAACUCUAAAAAGAUGAUCCACCUCCAUGUAAAGUGUUGAAGCCAUAUUUGGCCUUAGUUCAUGGCUGGUUCGUAGGCGACGCUUUAAUGAAACUCAGCAAAACUAUGGCCGACUUUCUGGUAUAUAGAUUCACUGUACUCUCGGAAUUUGCUCGAGUCCACCUAUCGGCAAGUUGCUGAACUAUCUAAGAAUAUUCUUCCUGAAACAGCAAAAUCACUAAUUUCCAUAUUCAACAAAAUAGUUCACCUUAUCGCUCAUAGAUACCGCUACCUACUGGAGAAUUUUUGUCUUCAUCGCUCUCAUAAGGAUGGUUCAUCUUGUUAGUGUAAAUGACCAAAGCUAAUUAUUUAACGAUUGAAUUAAAAAUGCAAGAAGCUGAGUUGAUUAAUUUGAAAAGACCAAUCAGCCUCCAAAAGAUUCUAAAUUUAAUUGUUAAUUCUUAGUUCAGUUGAGUAUAAAUUCAUCAUGAGCUGCGGUCCUCGCUAAUGGUACAAAAUUAUUGACCUAUUGUGCAAAAUAAAACAAAACAAGGCCUUUUAUUGUUUGUUGAAUAGGUCAAAAUUUCAAAAACGACUAUUAUGCAAAACUUUUCAGAAAAAGUGGAGGCCUCAUAACAAGUACAAAAAUGUGUAGGUAACCAACCAACUUUGACAGGAAUUUCAGGAAAUAAAUUCAUUUGCUUCAAUUUCCUUACCAAAAAUGAACUAUCUUAUUGGGAAUUUAUAAUAACGCAUUUUUUCAUCAAUAUUUCUGAGCUAGCGAUCCAGAGAUGGAUUGCCAGCAAAUAGGUGGAAAAAUGGAGGCAUCAUGAUUCACAUACUCUAGAUAGGUACAAGAAUUCUUCUAUACCCAGCAUAUCAUUGACGAAAAAUGUUUCUCUGUAAAUAGUUUUCAUAUGUUUUUAUGUAGUUUUUAGUCAUCGAUUUUUAUUAAUUUAUUUAUUUAUGCCACAGCCCCAACAAUAAAAAUUAUGAAGAUAAAUCGAAAACAAAUCAAAUCUAAUUUAGACACAAAGGUUAUUUCUCUCUCUACAAUCAUCACAAUAUUCUUGAUACAAUUUUUGAAUAAUCAACAGGAAUAGCUGGACAUUCCUGAACCAACAUUUUUGUUUAUUAAGUGUUUUCACUGACUACAAAUUCUGUUUCUGAUAGAAUAAUAGUUCAUCUCAUAAAGAAAGUCUUAUUUUUCCACCCUUUGCUGUCAAGAACCCACUAGUUUAGUAAUUUCAGAAAAAAUCAUGAUUCCUGAGCUAGUGGUUUUAUUAUUGUUUUGUUCAUUAAUUGUAAAUUAGUGUUUGUUCAGUUUUAUAACUUAUUGAAACCAAAUCAUCAGAGCUAUUUGCUAGGUAUACUUGAGAAAACAAAUACAUUUUCUUGGAUAUUUUAUAUUGAAAAAUUGUCAAAAUGGAUUGACAAUAAAAGUUCCAAAAUAUGUGGAUUUAGAACAAACACAAAUUUGCAAACAUGAAAGUAUAACUAAUUAAUGCUGGUUUCUUCAUCAUUUCCAUGUUCAAAAUUCUUUCUAAUGCUUUCUUACUAAAAAAAUGAAUAUUUCGUCUCAACAGUAGAAGGCAUAUAAAAUGAAUUCUUUGAGUAUGAGAAUUAUAACAAAUUAGGUUCAUGAGAAACCACCAUUAUUUAGUUUUCUGCUUUGCCUUUGUUGAGUGACAGGCUCACUAGAAUUUUCAAUAGAAUCUACCUAUACUGUGUGGUGUUGAAGAGCCUAUGAGGAAGUGAAAAUUUGACUAUGCACUCUCAUAAUUAUGUUCUCAUAUUAUAAUAAUUUUGUAUCCACUGAGACUGAAUUACUUUACAUUAAUGUACAUUGUCCAAAAUCUCUUUGUUAGUAAGGCUGUGAUAAAAAUGUUAGUUAUCAAUUUGAUAGGGUAUGUAUUUAAGGUUAUUCGAAACUACAAAUCACUAGCUCAGAAAUAAUGUUAGGAAAGGGUAUACACACAUAUAUGAGAACAAUAUGAAAAUAAUCAAGAGAAAAGCAAUAUCUAUACCUACAAAAGACUUUUCAGUUAAGCAAAAUGAAAAUCUAAAAUGAAACAUCACUCUCAUCUGUAGUCCUGAUGUUUUGUCAAAGAUAUUCAAUAAAUUGUACCUAUACUGGGUACAGACCAGUACAGUUAUAGAUGACAGAGGUCUAGGUACCUAUAAAAACUAAGGAAACAAAUCAAAACUUUGAAAUUUCUAAUUAGAUCCAACUUCCUGCCUAUCAAUUUUAAAAAUCUUCUCUAUUUAUAUUUUUAACCCAUCAAGUAUUUUCUUUCUAAUUUUAAUUUUGUGGUGAUUUGAAAUUGAAAAGAAUGACUGAUAUUUAAACUUCAGCACUGUAGAAUAUAGAUAUAGGUAUGCGUUAGCUAAAUUAUGAAACAAAUUUUUAUAUAUAUAUUUCAAAAGUUAUUAAUUCUAUUAUUUUAUCCAUGUAUUUAUUAUGAAGAUAAUCAUAUUAUGAUGAAACUGUUCAAACAUCUGGAUGUCUGAUGGAUGCUUGGACAAUGGACAGUCCCAAUUUUGAUUAGAUCUCCUAGUUAGCCUUUAUGUUUUAUCAACUUCAAUUGUACAUAUAUAAAUUCAAUUAGUGGUGUGUUGCGAAAAUUGUACAUAUAAAAUAGUCUGUUAUAUGAAGAUUGUAAAUAAGAUGAUUUAACUUCCAUCUGUAUAUAAAUGAUCAAAUUUCAUCCCUAAUUAUUUGGGGACAAAUCUAUAAACAAUAAAUAACUGAAACUCUUA